AAAUUUAAAAGCUUGUGCAGAGAAGGGGAGAAUAAAAUCAUUUCUAAGGAAGUCGUUGACAUUAAAUGUUCAUCAAAAAUGCUACAAGUGCUGAAAAUAUGAAAUUUAAAAAGUGCUGGAAUAUCUCAGCUGGUCAAGCAGCAUAUGUGGAAAGUGAAAUAGUCAACAUCUUGGGACGAAGACCCUUCACUAGUCUGACAUGUCCAGUUGUCCAGCAUUUUUGUGUUUCCAGAUGCAGGAAUGAUAUUAAGAUGCAUGGUGUUAGGGUGUAUUCCGGAGUCGCGUGGAUGCAGCAGAUACUUAUUCAAACAAAAAGCAGUCUGCAGUUCUUACUGUAAAUGCAGCUAAAUUCAGGACGCUUGCAAUUAGCCUUCAAUUCUUAUUGUAGAUUGCAAGCUGUAAAUAAACUGGGAUUGUGUUAAUUGGCUUGCAUUAAGCAGGCAACAUGGCUAAGUUAUUUGCACCAUUGUGACUUAAAUUCAAACUGACAGACCAGACAGAUGUUGACACUUAGCAUAUAAAACCUGGUCACAAGUAUCAGUAAUCAAUAGUUUUGUGUAGUUACAAUAUUUGUGUACUCAGAAACAACCUUGACAGCAUUAAUUUUGGGCGUCUAGCUCUGUCAUCAAAAGUUCUUAGAAUAUUUGUGUUAAUUAGUUUCUCACUGAGCAUUUGGGCCUUCCGAGGUGUCCUAUCAAUUACAACAUGCUAACACGAAGUUAUCUCAAAGGGGCUAUUUAUCAACCCAAAGUAUUGAAGUGUCACCCAAAAAAUGUCAUUGUAACCUUUGAAAUUGUAUUGCAUCACCUACUGUUACCUUUGAUUUUAAGGGUAUAAAAAAUGUGAUGUACCUUUUGCGUUGGGGAGCCGCCACCAAGAGUGUCUUCAGAAUGAUGCCUGCUUGUACUGAAUAAAGACUUCUAUAUCCGCAAACACGAGGAAAUCUGCAGAUGCUGGAAAUUCAGGCAACACAUACAAAAUGCUGGUGCAAUGCAGCAGGCCAGGCAGCAUCUCUAAGAAGAGCUCAAUGUUUGACGCAUUUGUCAUCAAGAACCAACUAAGAUGGAGUGGUCAUGUUGUUCGGAUGAAAGACGAACGUCUGCCGAAACAAAUCUUCUACUGCCAGCUUGAAGAAGGCAAACAUAAAAGAGGUGGACAACAGAAGAGAUUCAAAGACGUCUUAAAAGCCAACAUGAAGAAAUGCAAUAUCGACAUCAACAAUUGGGAAACCAAUGCCAAGGACAGGAAACUCUGGCAAGCCGUCAUCCGAGAAGGAACAGCAACUUUUGAAGCCAACAGAUGUGCAGAAUUAGAAGAAAAGAGAAGAAAAUGGAAAGAGAGGCAGCAACAACCAAAGCCCGAUCUGCCAUCUGGAACUACCUGUCCUGAAUGCGGAAGAACUUUCAAAGCCAAGAUUGGAUUCAUAAGCCACUUGAGAUCCCAUAAAUAGAUCAACAGAACGAAGACCAUCAUCCUUGACCUCGAGUGAUAGCCACAACGAUUAAUAGGGAUAUACUGCAGAUCGCCAAAUUGCUGGAAGGAAAUAGAAGACAACAUGUGCAGUCACAUAAAAGCAACAUGGAAUUGGGCGGCCUAGUGUUUAUCAUGCAGUAGUUGUCAUCUUUUUAGAAUUCUUUGCCUGGGGACUGUUAACUACUCCAAUGCUAACAGUUUUGCAUGAAACUUUUCCUAAGCAUACAUUUUUAAUGAAUGGCCUUAUUCAGGGUGUAAAGGGGUUCUUAUCAUUUAUGAGUGCUCCAUUAAUAGGUGCUUUGUCCGAUGUGUGGGGAAGAAGAUCAUUUCUUUUAUUAACCGUGUUCUUCACAUGUGUCCCAAUUCCAUUAAUGAUAAGGCCAUGGUGGUAUUUUGCUAUUAUUUCAGUGUCUGGAAUUUUUGCAGUCACCUUUUCAGUGAUAUUUGCAUAUGUAGCUGACAUUACACAAGAGCACGAGAGGAGUACAGCAUAUGGACUAGUAUCGGCAACCUUUGCAGCAAGCUUGGUAAUUAGUCCUGCCAUUGGUGCUUAUCUUUCUAGUAAAUAUGGAGAUACUCUGGUGGUGCAUGUGGCCACCGUGAUUGCAGCGUUGGACAUUUGUUUUAUCUUGGUGGCUGUGCCUGAAUCUCUCCCUGAAAAGGUUCGACCAGCUUCACGAGGAUCAGCUUUCUCAUGGGAGCAAGCAGACCCUUUCUCUUCCUUGAGGAAGGUUGGGAAGGACACCACUGUGCUGCUAAUCUGCAUAACUGUGUUUCUCUCGUACCUGCCUGAAGCUGGACAGUACUCCAGCUUUUUCCUUUAUCUUAGACAGGUUAUAGAUUUUUCUGCUGGGAAUCUUGCAGCCUUUAUAGCUGUGGUGGGAAUCCUGUCUAUAAUAGCACAGACUGUAUUCCUCAGUAUCCUAAUGAGGUCCAUUGGUAAUAAGAACACAGUUCUUCUUGGUCUUGGAUUUCAAAUGUUGCAACUGGCUUGGUAUGGCUUUGGAUCCCAGCCCUGGAUGAUGUGGGCAGCCGGAGCUGUAGCAGCAAUGUCCAGUAUUACUUUUCCAGCAAUAAGUGCUCUGGUUUCAACCAAUGCAGAUUCUGAUCAGCAAGGUGUUGUCCAAGGCAUGAUCACAGGAAUCAGAGGGUUGUGCAAUGGCCUCGGACCUGCUCUGUAUGGGUUUAUUUUCUACCUGUUCCACAUGGAGCUGGAUACAAUCCCUGACAAAACAGUUAAUGUGCAAAAUUCCAAAAUAGAGGAAUCAAUUAUCCCUGGACCACCUUUCUUAUUUGGAGCCAUUACUGUCCUGGUAGCUUUUUUGGUUGCCUUAUUUAUCCCUGAGCACAACAUGUCUGGUAAAGCUAGUAACGUGAGGAAGCAUAGCAUCAACCUUGGCAACAUUCCCACCACUCCUCCCAUUGGCAGUGAUGAGGACAAUGAGCCGCUGCUGCGGGACAGUAGUGUAUGAAGAGACCAGCUUUAUGGCAUUGAAGGAAAAAAACAGAUCCAAACAAAGAACAAUGUGUUGAAUGCAGUAGAACUACUGGACAUUGAAAAACCAAAGGGAGUCAUUUUGAAGAAGGACUUUAAGAUCCGUGAAAGUGGAUGUACCAGGAUGCUUUUAUUGCAAGCUACUUGAACAAAUGUUUCCAGCACUGCCAGUUCUUCAAGUACUUGUUCAAAGUGUCGUCCUGAUGGUGGAAAUUCCAGUUUAGUUGAGUAAUCGAUGCUCAGAUAGUUUUGGAGAAAGAUGCAUUCAGAUUCACAUCUCAGGGUUGUAACUUGUGCAUCAGUGGAAAGGGACUAUAUUUUGUACAUGUUGAUCCGAUCAGUUUAUUACACCAGAAUAAUGAACUCUUGGAUUUCAGUUUUGUUACAUUUGUCUGCAAAUAAUGUAGACUGCUAACCCCUCAACAACAACACAAUCUACUGUAACAAAGGCUGCAUUCAUUUCACAUCACACUUAUUUGUGUUGAGUCCCUUUUCUCCACAAAGUGGAGCUAAAACAAAGGGAAAGGAUGUGAAUAGUGAUGUAUGUAUUGAUCUUUGAAGACAGCUAUGCAACUCAUAAAUUCAGUUAACUUGGCAAACUUUAGAAGAAUGCAAACUUUGAAACUGCAGCCCAACGUUCCAUCAGCCUACAAAUUUGAGCAAAAUAUAUUGUGAGAAUGUGAAACUCACUAUUUUGGUGACUAUUUGCAGAUGAAGAAGAAUUCCCUUUAGAACCAUGGUGGUUACAUUAAAUGAGCUAUCAUUUUUUGUGUUAAAAUGCCAGGCAAUUUAACUGUCUGUAAUUAAAGAAAUACUAGUUUCUUUAAAAUUUUAUAUGGAUAGUUAAAUGAGCAUUUUAAGGCUUGUAUAAAUCCUAUGGCGGUGGCUUGAAGAAUCCAAUUUAUUGCUUUUACUUUAAGGUACAAAUAAAAUUUGACCUAUGAAAGUAACUACAGUUUUGUAAAAAAAAACAAUAUUAAUUAUCUAAUCAUACUAUUUUUGACAAAAUUUAUAUUUAACAUUUAAAACAAAGUAUAGUGGGGAAUAUAGAGAAACCUUUUGUACUUGUGAAAAGCUGCCUAUUAUUAAAAGUCCAAAUGGUUUUACUAAAACUGAAGAAAGUUGUCCAGUUUGGCAGAAUAACAAUGUCUUUGUUCUUUCCUUGCACUUGGCCUCAGCUGCUAACUGUGCACAGCCUCAAACACAUUAAUCUGCUACCUCAGCUUCAGCCUAUAUGCAGCUUCAUGGGCCUGCUCAUGUCCACCCUUCUUUGCUGUUGUGCUUUAGGGUUCCAGCCUUUAUGCAUGACAUUCAGUUUGAACUUUUGUCCUGAGAUGUUCUCUUGGCAUGUACAAAAACUUCCUUCCUGACGUUUAGGAAACUCCUGUUUAUUAUGUUUGAAAGAUGCACGCUUCUGAUGAAAAAUUACUGAUCCAAAUGUACACAAAUAUACUGAUGGAUGAAAUUGUUUCAUUAAUUUAAUAUUUUAAUGAUAAAAGUCUGAUUGGUAAAAUGAUCAUUAAAUUUAAUUAUGGAAAUUGGUAAACAUUGCACUUUUUUUGUAAUUGUUACUGUAAACCAUGGCUUUUUUUUGGUAAACUUUUUCAAAUGAAUCACUCAAUUAAUUUUUGUGAUCUGAUAAGCAGUGAAGAUCUUCCUAUCCUCCCAGAAAUAUCAUCUUAAAAAUACAUAUUUCAAUAUUGCCUGUUUUUUUCUUGUGAAACCAAUACAGAAACUAAAUGUUCCCCCUUGAAAUGUUUUUAAAUAUAUAUAUAUAAUUUUUCCAUGAUUCUUGGUGUUCUUUGUCUUCAAAUAUAAAAUGAAGAAAUGCACUGAACAAAGUUAUUUUGGGAUUAUAGCACACAUUAAAAUGAGGUGAUCAUCUCCCUAAUUUCUGACUUUCUGUUUAUUGGGUUAGGAACAAAUAUGGGGAAAGGCAAAAACCUAGUGAUGACUCUCCGUAAUUGCAUUUGCUAUCUCUAAACAGUACUAAGCGAAAUGUGAUUUUUUUUUUAAUAAUUGGUGUCAAUGGAACAGCUCAGCUGGCAUCCCUAAAAAUAUUAUUCACCACUGGCAAAAUCACCAGUUAGAUCACUGUUGGCUCUUUCGACACAUGUCUUUUAGCACAUCAAAAAUUUCCCCCUCAACGCUCUUCAUUACUAUCCAAUCAGACUUUUGAUUUCAGAGAAAACAAACUCUUCUAGUUUCAUCAUUUUUUUCCACAUGUGAUAGUGAAUUAGAGCAAAGCUUCUAAUUGAGAACUUCUAACAUUGUUUCAGAUUUAUUUGAAAUGUGGCCCAUCUAAUUUUGAUUACUUUGCGGAACAUGGUAAUGACCUAUUUCAUUAAGUUGUGCUCUAUUACAAUAUUGUGAAGAGAAUACCUUAAAAAUAUUUUACAUUUUAAGAAGUAUUAUAAAAUAUAUUUUUCUGAAAUAGAAAGCGGGAACUGCAUAAAAAUUGACACUGGUGUUUGUCCCCUGCUACAGUUACAUUACCACUUCCUUCAAUUGUGCCUCAUCCAGAACUGUAUAUAAUGUACAUAUAAAAGUAAUUUAUUAAAAUAAGUAUACU